GGCCAUAAGCCACUCUCUGUUCACUGAGCCUGCGCGAGGCUGAACGAAAAGGAGGGGGGUCCUCCGAAAAGAUGGCGGCUGCUCCUGCCGGUGUGGGCCGCCUCGAGGAAGAGGCGCUGCGGAGGAAGGAACGGCUGAAGGCCCUCCGGGAGAAAACCGGGCGCAAGGACAGGGAAGAUGGGGAGCCACAGACCAAGCAGCUCAGAGAAGAAGAGGAAGUUGGGAAGCACAGGGGACUCAGGCUCCGGAACUAUGUCCCAGAGGAUGAAGACCUGAAGAGGAGGCAGGUCCCCCAGGCCAAACCAGUGGCAGUGGAGGAGAAGGUGAAGGAGCAGCUGGAGGCUGCCAAGCCGGAGCCUGUCAUUGAGGAAGUGGACCUGGCCAACCUGGCACCCCGGAAACCUGAUUGGGAUCUCAAGAGAGAUGUCGCCAAGAAGCUAGAGAAACUAGAAAAGCGGACCCAGCGAGCCAUCGCAGAGCUGAUCCGUGAACGGCUAAAAGGCCAGGAGGACAGCCUGGCCUCUGCAGUGGACGCCACCACCGGACAGGAGGCUUGUGACUCUGACUGAGGUGAUCUCCGUGUCCCAUCUGUUCAGCACGCACGUCCUGUGGGAAGAUAGUCUCAGGAAGGGAUGGAGAUAGGCUGGCCCGCACCUCUGGGUCUUGAGAACUGAGCCAACCCGCUGAGUCUCAGCUUCUGUUGGAUGUGGCCAGUUCAUCUCCCAAGGGUGCCCACCACCCCAAGGGGCUCAAAGCUGAGAUCUGUACAUAUGUAUGUAAACUGAGCUUUUUUCAACUUCCGGAAAUAAACCUUAAUUUGGAAGA